CGAAUACAGUACUCGUACAACUGUGCCGACAGUCGGCCGUCCCCUCGUGUUGGUUGCUCUGCGAGAUUUAGGACUGCCAGGGGCAGCAUACAUUGCGAUAUCACCACGGCCUCUGCCAUCGUGUUAAGAAGGUAGAACAUGAGGUAUAUGGAAUGUAUCAGGCCCUUAAUCAGUACAUGUUUACUUAGGUGCCACAGAUCACAGAAAGGUCAAGCUCCCGUGGCACUUAUCGCAUCGUAACAACGGUGUUGCCGCCUGGUGGACAGCAAGAGUAAAGUCGAACACGGGCUGGGGGGCUGUCUUGCAACAUGGACCCAUGCCGGCUGAGGCCAUGGCUGAAUCGUCAGCGUUUGGCACACCCCCUCACCACCACCACCACCACCGUCGUCGUCUCUCCCAUACCCCGCUGCACGCUCCCGAUAUACAUGCAACUACAGUGCGACCCGACACUCCCAAGGUCCCAAUCGAGUCGCCUUGAGAGCAAAACCCGCUGCCGCUGCAGUCCGUCCUGCAGUGCCUGGUCACUCUGCAGUUGGGCUGCCAAGUUCAAACUGGCUAUCGAGUAGAACAAUCACCCACUCGUUUGUCCGCUGUCGUACUCUCGCCCUCUGUGCUGACCUCUGUGGUCCCAACCCCGACAGCCUACCGAUUUGAAGCCUCAAUCAAAUGCCCAGAAAUUUGUAGCUGUUAACUGUUUUUUUCUGUGUGACAAGCGGUCGAUCCCUUCUAUAUUUUCCUCCCCCGUCUCCUGCCUCCUUUUUCGGAAGCACUCUCUCUCUGGUCUAGCAUUGUUUCGACACCUGCAUGAACCCACGACAAGCCCAACUCGACAUACUGACUGUUUCUCUGACACCACCAGAACUCUCACCAUUCACACACUAGCCCUCACCACCCACACGCUCUUCAACAAGAGCGGAGCCAGUCACCUCCAACACCAAGCCUCUAGGCUCGGCCCUGCUCGUGGUGAUCACCAGCUCGGCAGCAGAGUGACAGCUGCUUAUUGCAUACAUUUCUGCAUGUACUCGAUCUGCUAUUUCUUGCGCUCUCCCCCACGAUCGUCAGGACUAUCGUCUUCAGGAACCACCGUGUUGGGGAUUUUUCAAACCACUGUCUGUUCCGUCUAGGCCGGCCUGCUCCCGCCACCUUUUCGUGUUCUGCUUGUCAUUAGCCGCUGCUUUUUCGAGGUUCCUUGCGCCCAAGGAUCCAGGCUGGAUUCAGGACCAGCUUCUUGAAAGGCAGGGGGCGCCCUCCUUACCCGCAUACAUACGUAUUUCUACACACUAUAUACACUUUUGUUUUUACCCACACACCCACAUGCACGCACCUUCUCACCUCCACAUUGACAUCAGCAUCCUGCACCCACAUCAGCUACGUUGAGGGUCCAGCCCCUGGUGGAUAUUAGACGGAAGAGAACCGCCGUUGACUGGAGUUCGCAGCCCCCAUCUCACACUUGUGUUUGAGACCAGCACCCCAGUGUCUCCACCUCCAGCAUCAAUAUUGCAAACAGCACUGAAAUUGCUCCCUGACAAGCAGCCAUCGACCUUCUUUGUGGCCCAGCCAUUACUGUCUCCAUCAGAGCUGUCAUUGGACUACCAGGGACUCUGGCUGUUUGGUCCCCCUCCCGUCUCCAUCUCGGCCACCAGCACGUUGCCUUCCGUUCCAUCCGAUCAUCAGGAAUACCCGUGGCUUCCCUAACCUUUGGCACCGUUAACCAACGUCUGCCCGCCUGCAAUAAGUUGACGGCGUCUUGACAAGCUUCCUCUCCCUGCUAAACGCUAGCAAGGGUUCCUUCACCUUCAGGCUCUGUCGCUAUCACAACCAUCCAACAAAGGCUGUCUGACCACCCCCCCCCUCCCCCUUCCUGGGCACAAGUGAUUGGGUGCCAACGGAUAUAUCAGCGUGAAGCCCCCCAGACCCAUCUGAUUCCAGCACUGUAACACCUCCAACCUCACCUAGCACCAUCACAACUUUGAGCUCAAGUCGACUCACCGCAAUCAUGGUUAAUACUCACAGCCAUGUCUAUCCCCGACCUGCUCAUCCAAGGCAAGCGUGGCAACCAGAAAGAGCCGGUCUGAUGCCGGCUCCAGGGGAUGGCCGUUACCUGGCACCAGAUUCUGUUAGGACAGUGCCUCCUGCAACAGUUGGCAGAGCGUUGCGAGAAGUCUGCCACAUCAACCACAAGAACUUCUUUCUUGCAGUUACCCUCGAGAAUGGCGAGCACGCUUUCUUUUCUGGUCCAGAGAAUGUCGAUGCGGUAGAUGCUAGCAGGAUGUUCCACAUGAACAUCUUCCUGCAGUAUCAGCAAGGAAUACCCCCACACGUAUCAAGAGAGACUGGCCCUCUUCAGGGAGAUUAUUCUGGUAAUGAUCUCUAUUAUGCGCAUGCUGUAGGCCCAUACGGUCGUCACGACAGAGGAUAUGAUCAUGACGAGUUUGAUCAUGGCGCUGCCUCCCAACGCAGGAAACGCCCACGACGGGCCAGAGCAUCACGGUCGUUGGAGGAGGAGGAGGUGGCUACUGUCACUGCCGGGUCGAGGAAGACCACCAUCAUGAUUGGAGAUUCGGAUGUUGUGCGGGCCUUUUAUGAACGUCGUUUUCGGCUCUGUCACCAGAUCCUCUGCCGGUGCAUUGCCAAGGCCUUUGUGAAGCUUAUGGAGCCCAAAAAGCAGACGAACCAUCCUUAUACAAAGGGUCAAGAGGCGGCACCAAGGUGGUGGCCAAAUGACUAUGGUCCUAACAGAGUGCUUCUGAGGCACAAGGAACCGGAUCACAUCAAGAAAGAAGAGCGUGUGCACCUGCUGACCCAUAUCCUCCGCAUGCUUACUGAGCCGAAUCAUAAGCAACACGAGGACAUUCGGUCGCAACAUCUGACUGUGGCCAAGCUGGAGGAGGCUGCUAUGGAUGCUGCCGCCUCUUUCUUCAAUGCCUCGGGGGAGAACAUGAAGAAGAAACUGUGGCUCAAGGAGGCGUUUAAGGUAGCAAAGGCGGAGGAGAAGCUCAAGAGGGGUGAGAUAGACCCCACCACCCAAAUCUUCGUGACGGCGGAUAACCACGAGCCCGAGGACGACGACGACGAUGGGCAUGAGGCCGAAUACGAGCGGGUCAAGCGUGAGGAGGAUACCGGUGAUGCCCCGGACCCCAUCGCCCGAACCAUGUCUGUCCAGAGCUACGGAAGCGACAUGGCGAUGCGCGAUGCUCAUCCUGGUCCCGCAAUCGUGCAUACCGAUUUGGCACCAACACAGCAAAACUAUGUGGAAGGAGUUUCCCUAACGGUUGGCGGGCCACCUCAUCUGGCCAGUCCAAUGCAAGAGGUUGACAACAGCCGCCGAGCCAUGUACGGAUCUGCUGCCGAUUUUGGAGGAUCGACCGGACCGGCGACGCUGUAUCCGACUCAGUGGCAACACAAUCCGGCGGCUCAGACGACGGCGUCCGGGAUGUAUACAUACACGCAAGCGCAACCGGCACAUACAUCGCACGUUUAUCCGACUCAUGAGCAAGCCCCGUCUUUGCAGCCCCAAUCCUAUUUGACGUCGGGAUAUGAGACGCUGCCGGGUUCUCACACUCUAUAUCGUAAUAACAGUUACCUAUCGCCGACGGGGAGGUUUCCCAGAGACGGGUCACAGUAGCCAUGGGACGAUAGGUGGGGGUUAGGGGAUGCACAGCAACAAUAACAACAACUUUGCACAAAUGGGUGGUUGACUGCUUUUGGGUAUCUUGACAGGCAAAACGGAGACUGAUGUGGACAACAGCACAGGAGAUGGGUGAAGUGGGUUGGUUGGAUUGAUUUGGGUUUUCUUUUCUUGAGCGUGGCGCUUCAGAUUGAUGACUGCCAUUUUCUUUUUUACAUUCAGGAGCACAGUUUGGGUUUGCAGCUUUCUUGGGGGGUUCAGCAACAGCGAAGUUUGUCCUUUGCUUCUAUCAGUUUUUUGCGGUUAAGGCGCAAAGUAACAUCGCUUGCUCCGGGUGAGCAGUCGGGUGGAUUGGAUAGAGGGGAUCGAUCUUUUUGCAUGAGUUUGUUUCUUUACUUGGGUAUUCUGAUGCUGGUCUGUUGCACUUUUUUCUUUCUCGGUAAUAAAUUCCUGUCUGUUCAGAGGGGCUCUUGACAUGGGGGAUGGGGGGGUUAGUGUUGGGACCUUUUGCAUUGGGGGGGAAUUGUUUAUGGCUGUUAUGAAAUCUUAUUUUCUUCUUCUUCUUCUUCUUCUUCUUCUUCUUGCUAUGGGGUGGAUAAGGGACAUUUUCUCACACCUGUGUCGGUUUGUGUGUUUGUUUGUUUUUGGCUUUGUGCAAUGGGAUAGUUUAGGGGAGGGGAGAGGGGGGAGGGGGUUAAUAAGGGUAGUGUGAAUUAGUUGAAUAAAGAGA